AUGGCGCCCGGCCCGCCUGUCCCAGGACAAGUGGCUGACAUUGCCCGCCCGUCCCCAGACACGUGGCGGGCCCGGCCCGCCAAUCCCGGGACACAUGGCGGACAUCGCCCACCAUUCCAGAGACGGAUGGCAGGCUGCAGCACGCCCGUCCUAGGACCCGUGGUGGACAUCACCCUCCCGAUCGUGGACCCUUGGCAGGGCCAGCACGCCCAUCCUGGUACCCGUAGUGGACAUGGCCCACCCAUCCUGGUACCCGUAGUGGACAUCGCCCACCCGUCCUGGGACCCAUGGCGGACAUCUCCCGACCAUACCGAGACACAUGGCAUGCCCGGCCCACCCGUCCCAGAACCCGUUGUGGACAUCGCCCACCCGUCCUGGGACCCGUGGCGGGCCCAGCCUGCCCUUCCUAGGACACAUGGCAGGCCAAGCCCACCUAUCCAAGGACAUGUUGCGGACAUUGCCUGCCUGUCCUGGGACCAGUGGCAGACCCAGCCCGCCCGUCACAGGACACUUGGCGGACAUCCCCAAUCCCCACCUGUCCUGGGACUCAUGGCAGACAUCGCCUGCCCAUCCAGGUAUCUGUGGCGGGCUCGCCCUGCCCGUCCAGGGACAUGUGGCGGACAUCGCCCUGCCCGUCCAGGGACAUGUGGCGGACAUCGCCCGCCCAUCCUGGGACCUGAUGAGGAAAUUGCCUGCCCAUCCCAGGACACUUGGCGGACCUUUCCCGCCCGUCCCGGGACACUUGGCGGACAUCGCCCGCCUGUCCUGGGACCUGUGGCCGGGGACAUCGCCCGCCAUCCCAGGGCCAGUGGCGCCCCUGCCCUGCCCAUCCCGUGA